AACUAGAAACCUUUUUAUUAAACUUCUAAAAAGUUAAUUCAUAAAUUUUUCAAUUAAAAAAAAAAUAUAUAUUUUUUAUUAUUAACAAAAAAUAAAAAAUUCUACAAAUAUUUUCCAAAAUUAAUUUUAACAUCUUUAGAAAAUAAAACCAUUCCGCAUAAUGCCAAAACGUUUAACAUCGGAAGAAUUCAAUGAAUUGAAAAGCUGGCUUAAGGACCAGCAAGUCACCUAUAAAAAUUUGAAUCGCGAUUUUUCCGAUGCUCUACCAGUGGCUAAUUUACUUAAAUCAUUCUAUCCCAAGCUCAUAGAUCUACACAACUAUCCUCCGCGUAACAGUACCCAGCUGAAAUUAAACAAUUGGGAGACUUUUAACUACAAAGUUCUAUCAAAAUUGGGUUUACAGCAGCAUAAAAAUAUGCUGGAUAAAUUAUCCAAAGGUAUGGCCGGAGCUAUAGAGGCCCUGUUAUACGACAUCAUGCUUAUGAUAAGGACGCAAAAGAGCAAAGGCGAUAAACCAGAUGAACAAGAACAAUUGUGGACGGACAAUGAUGAUGUCAUGAUGGUAACAGUUAGUAAAAAAAUUGGUGAUGCCAUUGUUCAAGUGCCUCAGAAAAUGAUAUUAUUCUCAAUAUACGAACAAGUUUUAAGAGAAUCCCAGGCCAAGGAUAGUUUUAUAGCAACAACUCAGCAAAAGAUUACACAUUUGGAGAAUGUUUUGCAAUUGAAAGAGGAAAGAAUAGAGGAGUUGUGUGGCCAACUGGCAAAAGUAUCGCAAACGACAACAACUUCUUGCCCUCAAUGUAGUUGUCUACCAAAAAGAGUUAAACACGUAACACCUUCAUGGGGUGCAGAGGAAUCGGUUUGUUUAAUACCAGAACCACCAAAUUUAGUACCGAUUGUUGCCAAAGAAAACUAAUGAUGUUGAUAAAUAGUGUAAACAUAAAUUAAAUUUAAAAUUCUCUUUUAAAUUAAAAAUUUAUUGUAGUUUUUUAGUGUAACAUAAAAUUAAAAAUUGUGUAAUAAAAAUUUUAGUGAUAAGGGAAUUACUAUUGGUAUGUAAUUACAGAAAUAUGA